CAAGUAGUAGUAUCUAACGUUAUGCAAAACCAUAGAGCUUCGAACUCCACAGUGCAAGGUGGCCACCAAAUUUUUGCUGGUUUCACGCGGGCGGCAGCAGUACUAGUACCCCACCAGCGCAUGCAUGAGCACAAUCACAUUGACAUUCAACAGGCAAAUGCAGACCUAACUAAACCCGGCCGACAGCGACUUGCGCAGUUUGCACGUGAACGAGUCGCGUUGGCCAGACAUGGAAUUCCGUGCGGUGAGGUCCACGGGGUUCCAUUGCUGUAGCGACUGGACGGGCGUACUUUGGAAACUGCUUCGAUUGAACGGGUCGGCGUCGUCCGGGAUCGCGCACGGCAAGAGCACAGUCUUGAUGGAGCUCGACGACGUUGUUGACGUCGACUUGGACCCGAUCGAUCGGGUGUCGUGCUUGGCGUCUCCAGCGCCGCGAGACGAGCUAAAGAGUUUGCGCAUGGCAGGAUGGUCCGCGCAUUGAAACGACGACCGAUCCGACAAGGAUGGCCGGUCGAACGCAGAGUGCCGCGGGGACCGCGGCGACCACAGACUCGUGCGGAUGUCGUAGAUGGGUGACGGCUCCGAGUCGUACAUGCUGGGGUACGUGACGGGCGCGUAAUGCGGCAUGCUGGACGGCGAAUGCGCGACCGAACUGUGGUGGUUGCCCGACGCAUGUACGGUGGUGGUGCAUCGACAGACGAGGCACACCUUGCGACGGAUGGCGCCGACUUUGAACUGUUCCGUGCACGAGCUGCACACGACGUUGCCACACUCGCUGCAUCCGUACCGCCGACGGAACCAGUGGAAUUUCUUGCGACACAGGUUGCAGUGCGAUGAUUUCUUGGGCUGGUCGUGGACGUUGCUGUUGCGACCGCCGAUGAGCGACAGCGGGGGGAUGAGCAACGUGCUCUUGCGAGGGGGCGGGGCGAAGCCCUUGCGGAAGUACCCUUCGAUGUACAAGCGAAGGCGCGUGGUCUGGGGAUACGGGUCAAAGAUGCCAGACAGGGACGCGACGUCGUCGCAGAGCAGGUUGAUAGCCACCUGCAUAUCGAGCACAUUGGCUUCCGCAGUCUCGGUAAACUUGAUCACGUUGAACACCACAUGUCCGCGUGGCAACGGAACCAACAGAGGACAUUCCGGAAUCGAGAUCGACCGGACAAUGCGGUACCCAAACCGACGCCCCGUCGAUGGCGUCACCCCGACGCCGACGGCAUCGCAAAACACCAUGUCGAACUGUUGGUAGUUGUUGAUGCUGUAAGACAGCCACUUGACGCCAAUGUAGUGUUGUUGGGUUUUUCGAGUGCGUGGCCGGAGGGGGCAGAUUACAGACGCGUUCGACACGCGGUCACCAAGGGCUUCAUUUUCCGCACGCAAGAGCGAAGACGUUGUGUCCGUGGCCAAUGCACUCAUGGCGGCAUCCAGGGAAGACCGAACAACGGAUGUGGAAAGACAGAGACGGUAGUACGGAUCUGCGCGCAAACUGUCAUAGCACGUGACGCCAUUGCGGACAAAGUUCAUUUCCCACUUGUCACCGCUGGGAAUCAUGGAAUGCAGGAGUGGUUGGAUCAUGGGGUCGAUCUCUGCCAGAAGCUCCUCCUUGCGCGCUUCCGGCAGCAGAAUCGGCGGCAUUGACGGCUUCAUGAUGGUCUUGCUGAAUGGACGUUGUGGGGAAAAU